UAAUUGCUAACGUUCAUCAAUAAUCUCCACAAAGAACCAAAGAUGUCGCCGUCCAAAAUUAUUGUGUUGAAAAGCUCCGAUGGUGAGACCUUUGAGGUUGAAGAAGCAGUGGCUCUCCAGUCCCAAACCAUAGCUCACAUGGUUGAAGAUAACUGCAUCGAUGGCGGAAUCCCUCUUGCCAAUGUCACCGGCGGGAUCCUCGCCAAAGUAAUUGAGUACUGCAGGAAACACGUCGCCGUAGUCCCUGAUGGUGAUGGUAAUUCGUCUUCAUCCUUGGAAGAGGAGCUGAGAAAUUGGGACGCUGAGUUUUUGAGUAAUAUCGACCAGUCUACGCUCUUUCACCUGAUUAUGGCUGCUAAUUUUCUAAACGUCAAAGAUCUUCUUGAUCUCACUUGCCAAGCAGUCGCCGAUAUGAUUAAAGGUAAAUCUCCAGAAGAGAUUCGAGCUCAACUCAACAUCGAGAAUGACUUUACACCCGAAGAAGAAGCGCAGAUUCGCGCUGAAAACCAAUGGGCUUUUGAGUGAUCACUUUGUAUGACUUUGUUCAUGAUUUUAUGUUGUCCUCGCGCAGUCAUGUUUCUUUGCUUUUAAAUAAAUUGCGAGAAAACAAUGUUUUUAUCUU